UAGUGGUUAGUGGGAAUCCGCUGACAGAGCACAACCAGUUGUUUGCGCGGGCAUAUGUAUGCGCGGAUCAGCAGGUGCUGUCUUUAACUGGAUGGAAGUCACGGUUACCAGCACACCGAUCUGAGGGGGAACUCUUAACGUUGCGGACUCUUAUUUCCAGGAUGCGCUGGCAUGUGUGAUAUGUUCGCGGCGAUCGGCAGUUACAGAUAAAUUCCACCUGGCGUCUCCACUCUGUCAGCAGCCAUGGCUUUUUCUGUUUCUGGAGGGACCGUGUUCACCAUCCUUCUCAUUAGCAGGUUGUUAGAGAAUUCUAUGCUCAACGCAGAAGUAAAAGAAGGAGAGAUUCUGCCUCCCACUAUUCAGAGGCUGAUGAAAGGAUACAACAAGUACCUCAGGCCUUUCUUUGACAAUGGUCCUGUAACGGUGGGCAUGAGUCUGGACAUUGCCAGCAUUGACACCAUCUCAGAGAUCAACAUGGACUACACCGCCACCAUAUUCCUCCGUCAGCGCUGGACGGACGAGCGCUUGGUGUUCGAGGGCAAUAAGAGCCUGAGCCUUGACGGACGGCUGGUGGAGCUGCUCUGGGUCCCCGACACCUUUAUCGUUGACUCCAAGAAGUCCUUCCUGCAUGACAUCACCGUGGAGAACAGGCUGAUCCGUAUCUUCCCCAACGGGACCGUCCUCUACGCGCUGAGGAUUACCACCACUGUGGCUUGCAACAUGGAUCUGACCAAAUAUCCCAUGGACAAGCAGACCUGCACGCUACAACUGGAGAGCUGGGGUUACAACGUCAAUGAUGUCAUGUUCUACUGGACCAGAGGAAAUGAGUCUGUCAGUGGUUUAGACACUCUACAGCUGGCUCAGUACACAGUGGAGGACCAUUACACAUCUGUCUCAGAGGCCGUUUAUGAAACUGGCAAUUACCCAAAGCUGGUCUUCCACUUUGAGCUGAAGAGAAGCAUUCUCUACUUCAUCCUAGAGACUUACGUUCCCUCCAGCCUGCUUGUUGUCCUCUCAUGGGUUUCCUUCUGGAUCUCCCUGUCCUCCGUUCCAGCACGUAUCUGUAUAGGAGUGACCACAGUGCUGACCAUGACCACUCUGAUGAUGGGAGCCCGGACGUCACUGCCCAAUGCCAACUGCUUCAUUAAGGCCAUUGAUGUUUACUUGGGAAUCUGCUUCAGCUUUAUCUUUGGAGCGCUCAUUGAGUACGCCGUGGCCCACUUCUGCACCCUCACUCACGCCGAUGCGCACAUGCUGAUGUACACCCACCACAUGCACGAGUUCGAUGACGAAAUGAACGGCAUCGUCACCACCAUCUCCAGUCAUGCUAACAGGGUCAAGAGACGCAAGGAGCCAGCAGCAACUCCUACCCCAGCUCCCACCUCCCUAGAACUCACUGUCAACCCGUCCAGCCCCUCGGGCAGUGAGCCUAAGCCUGAGGCGUCGCCUCCGGAGCCCACCAACCGGUGCCUCACUGUUCUGGCCACCAUUCGCAAAGUGCUCAGCUACAUAUAUUGCUGUCACGUGGAGAACCCCCACCACAUAGACAACUACUCCAGAGUCACCUUCCCCCUCUCUUUUGUCAUGGUUAACCUGCUCUACUGGACGUAUUAUCUGUACUUUUAGCAUUCGCUUGAGUGCAGCAUUUGUCCCAGAGAGUGCAAGACAGAGAGUGUAUGUAGACAAAAGGUGUAUUUUACCGUAUGUAUGUACAGUAAGUGUUAUUUAGGUGUGUUUUGAGAUGAGUGUGGAAAAUUUCUACAUUUGGAUUCAUAAGCGUUGUAGCAUACUCAUAUAGGGUUGAUUUUGGGGAAAAGUAAUGCUUAUGAUUACAGCUCCAUUUUUAAAUAUCAAUGUGUAGUUGAUUUGAGUCGCUUUAAAUUUUAUGAAGCUGGUUUUGUUAAAAACACGGUCACCACAGAGCACCUUGUUUGCCGAGUGAUUACAGUGCACGCCACAUAGCUGCAGCAUCGCCAGACUGAUUCCAUCUUUUGACCUUUGUUGCAUGUCUCUCUCCCCCCAUUUCCUGUUUGCCUUAGUCACUGCCCAAUGAAGACACAAAAACAAAACAGGUCCACCUGACACUGACUAAGAUGAGAUUUGAUCAAUUAUAAUACACCUUGAGAUUAAAAGUACAUUGCUUACAAAGAAAAAAAUGGGCAGUCUUAAUACUUUUCGCUGUAGUAUAUUCAUUUUAAGUGCAUCACCGUACAGGCUGUUACUGUCUGACACGGAGAAGAUGGAGCUGUAAUUUAAGGCUUUAAAGCAGAAUUUGCUAGCGUUGCUGAGGGAGAGCAAAUGCCCGUUCCACUUUGAUUCUCUGUUGUGAUGGAUUGAUCAUUGACACUUUACAAACUUCAUUUUCCAUUUCUGCCCGCAGGUACAACAUUUAGAGUGAAAUAGGAAAAUAAUAGAUGUGAGAAGAGGGAUGAAAAAGAGAGAUGGGCGAGCUGAAAAACUAACUCAAAAAGGAGGCUGUGCUAAAAACUAUAAAGUUUUCCAAGGGCGAUCACGUCCCCUCGCUGUUGAAAUCUCUCUUCUAUGUCCUUCUGUGAGCUAUUUUUAAUUCACUGAGCAGCGCUGUCUCUCUGUGCCUGCAUUUAUUUCUUUCAUUGACACUAUCAAUGUAGUGGCCUUUCAUUCUUUCAGUUGUAUUCUGGAAAUCUAGCCACAAUGAACCGUAUUAUGACACUAGUCAUCACACAAAUCUGUUCUGCAAUUUCAAGGCAACAAGGCAGCCUGUGAAACACUAUUAAACUACAAACUGUACAAAAUAAGAAGUUAUAUGGCAUACAUGCCUUUUGUAAUAAAUAAUCACAAUUGAAUAGAGGGAAAUAUGUAAAACAAUAUAAUAACUGAUGAAAUAUGAAUAAUAAAAUUGUAUUUCAUUACUUUUAGCAGGACUCAACAAUUGCAAUUUAUGUUACCUGGUAUCAAACUACUGAGCCAGUGUUACCAUUGCUAGUAGGCUAAAUCAGAUUUAAAUGGUUCUAACGAUGUUCCUUAGAGAAAGACACACAGACACACAAGAGCAAAACGUUUUUUUUCUUUCUUUCUUUCUUUCUUUCUUUCUUUCUUUCUUUCUUACAUACUAGCUAACUAGCAAGCUGAGCCUGCAGUGUGAAGCAUGUGACUGAACUGUUGGAACUGGAAUGACAAAUUUGUUUUUUUAUAAUUUAUACAAUUAUUUCACUUUACUUACUUUACUCUAUUUAAUUAUCUGAUUAUUUAUUUAAUUACGUUCAGUUUAUGUAUUUAAUAUUGUACACUUUGGGUCUCCAUACUAACUGCGUGAGUAUAAUGCAAUAUAAUGGUGUGGAGGAUAGCAACACCUAAAGAGAUAGGUAUGAAAUCAUUUUUCUUUCUUAGCUACUGGUAGUGUUUUUCACUAUGCUUUUGAAAUACAUACAGCAGUAGUCAAACCUAGAUGUGUUAGACAUUGUAGAGUGAUUUGAAUACAAAUGAAAUGGCCAAACUAUUUCAACAGGAUGUCAUCAUCUCUGCAUUAUCCGAAUGGAAAAAAUCUCUUGGAUAGGCUACACCUCUCCCCACAGUGUUUUUUUGUGUUUCAGUUCAGGUGAUACAGUAUGUUUGCUAUCAGUGAUGUUAACCAAUGAACCAAAGAUUCCAGUUUGAUUUUACUCUUCCUGGUUUCCCUUUAGUUCCUUAACUAGGAGAUAUUAAGGGCAUUUUCAAAUGGUAAUAUUAUGUUUGUUAGGAUAAUUCUGAAACAGCAUGCAGUCAAUGAGCAGAUGAACAUGACACAUUUCAGAUAGAAAACAGGAUUCAGUUCAACAACAGAGAUGCAUGUUUAUUAAUUGCUGUAUUCAAUAUUGCUGUGACAUACUCUAAGUCAUUACAUUCCAUUUUUAAGAACUACCAUUCGAUGUGUAUUGAACAUUACGGCAAGCUAAAUUGUCAAUAUCUAUCUAUAUUUAAUUGCCUUUUAAACUGUUUAUGUUCAUAUUUUAGCUGCGCUGCCUCUCAUGUUUUACUCUAUUUUUGAAUAUGUCAUCAGCUACCAAGCUGUUUGAUUCCUCUCCUUGCCUGAUGAUAAUAGAAAAGUAGGACUUACUUUUGUUUCCGGUCUUCCUGCAUGGUUAUCUAUUGUAUCUUUGUUUCUUCUGCUUUGCUUCAUUUUGUUUUGGUUUAAUAUGAUGGAGAAGAGUCAUCAUACAUUGCUCAGCUGAGGCUAUUGUAAGGAUGAGACCUGCAUUUUCAUUGUUAAUGAUGCAACUUUGAUUUGGGGUCUCAUCUGGGUCCAGAAGUGAAGAUGUUCAACCUUCUGUUCUCAUUUUCAGUUAUUUGAACCUCACUCUUUAAAAGGAUGAGUGAUCAGUGACAGUGUUCGUCUGCCUCCGACUGAGCUGCUCCGUGGACGUCAGUGACCGCUGACCCACUGAGAAGGUUAAUGUGAUAAAACACGGACGGUCAGGUUUUAUACAAUAUAGCACCACAGUUGUAGUUUUGAUAGUUAUCUUCUCAGUUUAUAGUACAAGAAAUGAAUGCCAAUAUGGAGCCAAAGAACCACAACAGUGUGGAUGCAAAAUUUGAACAUUUUGUCACCCAGUGAUGAAGUCAACCUUACACAUGGUUCAAGAGUAUCAGUUGUCCUAUGGCUCCAUGGUUGCAACUACAUUAUGAGUGCUGGGUUGCUGUGAAUGGACAGCAUUUUGGAUAGUGACAAAUAUCCAAGGAAGGUGAGAAUACAUUGCAGAAACAAAGGUAUGAAGCAGAACAUUCUAGGCAUUGCCAGGACGUAUUUGGAGCAACUUUUCAGCAACAUUGGGCAACAGAAAGAUGGAAAAUGGCUACCGUUGGACUGCCCUUUCUUUCCUGUUGUGGGACGUGUCAAAUAAUGCCUCAAGGUGACGUUGGCUACCACCCUCACAGCUCCUAGGACAUCUUCAUGUGAAUUGUAUUUAUAUACUGUAGUACCACGUUAAUAUAGGCAUCAGAUUGCUUAACCUGUAAAUAACUAGUAACACUAUGCAUGUUUAUUUGGUGUAUGAAUAUGAAUGAUAGCAAUAAAAGGUUUAAUGUG